AUGAAUCAGAGACAGCGCGAGCUGUGGGAUGGGAAGAAGAUUGGCAACGAUGGAGCACAAGCGGUUGCUGAGGCACUCAAAGUGAACACGAAACUGACGCACCUCGAGCGAUAUGGACAGAUUGCGUCGGAAUCAGCGCGCGCGAUUGCCGAGACACUCAAAGUGAACAAGACGGUGGCCGAGGUUGCUCUGAGCCAGAAUCAGAUUGGCGAUGCUGGAGCGCGGGCGAUUGCUGAGACACUCAAAGUGAACAAGACGCGGACUGAACUGACUCUAGGACACAACUGCAUUGGCCAAGUUGGCAUUCAAGCGCUUGAAGAGGCACGCAACGUCAACGGCAUUCUGCCUGAGCUUGAGUAGGUUGUUUGUUCUUGCCAAUGAGAGCCAUUGAUGCUCCGUCCACGUUCCUCAAACCAAUACUCAAUGGAAACG